AUGGAUUACGGUACUCGACCACAACGAAUCUCUUGUCAAUAUGGUUACAUUCGUACAAUAUCAGGCAUAUUGAAAACGAUUGAAUUUGUUUGUGAUGCAGUUGCCUUAAUAUUGGGUGCAGCAGCACCAAGUAUGGUUUUUAGUGGUCAUAAAGGUUUUUUUACAUUUGUUGCUGCAUUAGCAAUUGUUAUAACAGCAAUUCUUUUCGUAUUGGCAUUAUUAAAUAUACAAACUGUUUGUAUUCCAGAUCGUUGGCUUGUUAUUGAAAUGUUUUGGUGUGCAUUAAUUGCUUUACUUUUUUUUAUUGCAAGUAUUGUUGUUGCGACAAUUGCAAAACAUAAUGGUGUUUAUGGAGCUGCAGCGUUCUUUGGUUUUGCAGCUUUUGUUACUUAUGUAGCUGAUGCAAUUAAUCGCUUUCGAUUACUUCGAGCUGGUCCACGUAGUCAACAUACGGAAACAUAUAUAUCAAAUACAACAACAACAGUUACUCGUCAACAGCCAACUUAUUAA